AUGGCCAGGUUUAAGAGAGCAGUAAGAAUCGCCAACUGCUCGGGCGCCGAGAGUGAUUCCGGAGUCCACAUGUAUAACCAGGCAAAGUUUGGACAGAUUGAUGUGAUCACUGGCGACUAUUUAGCUGAGGUCAAUUUGGCCAACUUUGCUGUCGAUAGAGAGGCUUUCGGCCAUCCCGGUUGGGCUCCCACGGCCCUUGAUGGUCUCGAACAAGCACUGGAGAUUGUCAACGAGAAACGCAUCAAGAUCAUCAUUAACGGAGGAGCCUUGAAUCCCAAGGGCCUCGCUGAAAAAACUCAUGGUCUUGUCAAGGAUAAGAAUUUGAACCUGAGCGUUGCCUAUGUCGAUGGCGACGAUCAAAUGCCCAAGGUUAGACAAAUUUUGGGUGACUUCAAGUCUGGAGUUCUGCCCCACCUUGAUAUUGCAAACGGCGACGUGAAGCUCGCCCGCGACACGCUGUCCUUCCUCGACGAGCCCGAAAAGAUGCCUAUCGUAUCUUCUAAUGCGUAUCUCGGCUACAGGGCUAUCAAGAGGGGUCUUGAGGAGGGGGCUGAUAUUAUCAUCUGCGGCCGAGUUGCAGAUGCAUCGCCUGUUAUCGGAGCUGCUGCUUGGUGGCAUGGGUGGAGCGAUGAGAACCUCGACGAACUCGCUGGUUCUCUCAUUGCUGGGCAUCUUAUUGAAUGCUCUACUUAUGUCACGGGCGCCAAUUUCGCCGGCGCCUACAGAUACCCCGCCGAUGCUUUUGUUGGACUUGGCCUCCCUAUCGUCGAGGUUGAAGGGGACGGGGCAUGUAUUGUUACCAAGCACCAAGAGCUGCCCGGCUUCGUCACGCCCGAUACGGUGAAGUGUCAGUUGCUGUAUGAGCUGCAAGGAGACAUCUAUCUCAACAGCGACGUCAAGGCAGACAUCUCGAGUAUCAAAGUUGAGUCCGAAUCUAGAGAUCGUGUUCGCGUCUUUGGAGUCAAGGGGCAUCCGCCCCCUCCCACGACUAAACUUGCGACGUUUUAUAAGGGUGGAUUCCAAUGUGAGAUGCUCAUGAAUGCUACUGGAUAUGCGACGAGCCACAAGUGGGACAUUCAAGAGACUCAGAUGAGGGCGAAGCUGGAUGAGUGGGGAAUAACGGAGCAGCUCGAUGAACUUGACUUUCAGCGUGUUGGCGUUCCUACGGAUAAUCCCGACAGCCAGUUGGCAUCGACAUCGUACUUGCGUGUUUUCGCGCAGGCAAAAGAUGCGGCUGUUCUAGGCAAGGUUCCUGCUGCUUGGAUGUACAAUGGAAUGGCUCAUUUUGCCGGUAUGCACUGCAGCCUGGAUAUGAGAACGGCGAGGCCCAAGCCUUUCCUUGGCUUCUACCCCUCUCUGAUCCCACAAUCGGAGCUUGAAGAGGCAAUCAACAUUUUCAAUGCAGACUCAACGAAGAGUCCCAAGCGCCUUCUCGUCGGACCUCCUACGAAGACCGAACCUCUGAAGCCCAGAAACAACUUCGAAACGAAGGACCCAGUUCCUCUCGAAAAUUUUGGGCCAACUUUCACAAGGCCUUUGGGUGACAUCGCCCUGGCCAGAUCUGGCGACAAAGGCGCCAAUGUAAACAUUGGACUCUUCGUCCAAACGGAGGAGCAAUGGGAGUGGUUCCGUUCCUUUAUGACGCGGACCAAGAUGCAAGAACUCAUGGGCAAGGACUGGCGCGAUUGGUAUUUCAUUGAGCGGGUGGAGCUGCCGAAUAUUUACGCCGUACAUUUUGUUGUCUACGGGGCUCUUGGAAAAGGGGUGAGCAGCUCCAAGCUUCUCGAUGGCUUGGGCAAGGGCUUUGGCGAGUUCAUCCGCGCAGUUCACAUUCCGAUUCCGACGAAGACUUGCGGGUGUCACAUCGGUGAUGUCGAUCUUGAGGCCGAUGGGGACGGGUUUACAGAAUGGCGUGUUUCGAGCAGCAUCUUUGAGACGCACAGUGAGGACAUUUUCCGAAUGACGUCUCACGCAUGCACCAAGUCUUCGCCGGGCGGGGGCCUGUAUCAGUGGCUACCCGAGGUAGGAGGCCGACAACUGAGAGUUUGGAACCCGGUUUCAAAAGGGGCGGAGCAAGCAGGCGAUGCUCUCGGCGGCGCUAGUCCUGGAUUUGAGAACGUGGGAGGAGGAAUCGACGGAGAGCUGCGCGGAGAGUGCCACUGCGGUGGUGUUAGUUUCGCAAUCUCGAGGCCGUCUUCGAGGAUCCUGCAGGAUGAGAAGCUUAAGAAACUUGUGUCACGUCUCGACAAGUCAAAGUGGCAGGCUAUUCUGGAUAUCUGCGACGAUUGCCGCCUGGUAACAGGAACCCAUGUCGCUGCAUGGGUGUUCAUUCCACUCUCCUGUAUAUCCCCCUCAUUGCCAGAGGAUUUAGAACUCGGAACGUUGACGGUUUUCGAAUCCACCAAGGACGUAUGGAGAGCCUUCUGCGGCGUUUGCGGCGCGACGGUAUUUUACGAGAAUAAAAUCAGGAACCGGGAAAGAAGCGAGAGGGUUAUCGACAUUGCAACUGGCAUCCUCAGGACGCCUGACGGAUCCGUCGGCAGAGGUUGGUUUACUUGGCACACGGAAAAAAUCGCGUUCCAAGAGAGUGGUGAUAAGUUCGACGCGGCCUUCUCACAGGCUCUGAGGGUGGGGUUCGGGUCAUGGGGCAAACAGGAAUAUGGCGCUCGUGGCGGUUAA